AUGGCAACCUUGGACUAUGGCGACUCGACCGCCUUGCACGCUAUCCUCGAAGACCUGCCUCAAGAGAUGUUCGACGAUAUAUACCGACGGACCUUUUCCGCAACCACCGCUGCUGAACAGUCUCUAAUCACGACUGCCGGUUUGGCCCACUACAACAUCCACCUCGAAUUGCUCCGAGUCGAUCGAGCAAGUCGUGCACAAUACGCCCGCUCCUACUUCAGGUCACGGACAUUUGUCACCGACCACUCCUCCUGGAUUGAAUGGUUGAAGUCCCUGGCGGCAGAGCAUCGAGUCAGUCUCCUGAAUAUCGAAAUCCGCUUGAACGAGUCUCCAGAAUAUGCGAAACUCAGUGAUGCAAUUCGAAAAAGCAUGCACGAUCACUAUCACGGCUAUGUCAUCAGUACUCUUCGGGCCCAGUUUGGUGAGGAUCUGGCUGGCCGGCUGCAUGUUGAGAUCUGUCACACUCUGGCGCCUUCAUUUGUUCCAUCGAGGCCAGAUGGAUCAUGA